AUGGAUAUACUUGUCCUCUACGCAAUAGUUGUAGGCAGCCUGCUAGGACUUCUCCUGGUCCUCCAAGCGUUGUCGUUCAUUUCACCGUGGACCACUGUUCUUGCUCGAGUUGUCGCUCGACAUUUCAGCUAUCCUUAUUUUUUGCGUCGUCAUCGGCUUCUCGGACCAUGGACUCGGGCCAGCGUGAUACUCCACAUUCUUUAUGCGUCUCUGAACAUCUUCUUGUUCCUUUUUCGUACUGCGUCCGUCGCCGCUGCUGGAAAGCGAGCCGGCACGCUUGCUUUAAUUAAUUUGAUCUUUUUGGUUUCUACUCCACAUCUGAGUUUUCUAUCUGAUCUUCUAGGAAUAUCGCUACGGAUGUGUCACCGAAUCCACCGGGCGAUGGGCUGGACUGUGGCCGCUCUACUGCUUUUUCACGUAUGCACGGCACUGUUCUCCCAGAGAGCUGAUUUCUCCUUGCAACAAGCCAAUGAUCUGCUCACGAUGAUUGGAGCCAUCUCUUUCGCUAUGCUCUUCGUGUGGUGUUUGCCGCUCUUCAGAAGCCUGUCAUAUGGCACUUUCCUUCGCUUCCAUCAGGGACUCACAGUCCUUGGCUUGUAUGGAAUCUGGCGACAUCUUCCCACGGGUGUUAGCUUUCCAAUGAUAUGUCUGUAUAUUUCCAUGGGCACCUUGGCGAUGACAUGUCUCAUGCAAAUUUUUCACAUGCUCUACUAUAAUGGAUUACUCGCGGGGCGAGGUUUCCCGCGCGCCAUUGCGUCUUGUGAUGAAGCUGGCAGCUCUAUUGUGAGAAUGCGCCUCAUCCUACCGCGAGCUAUCCACGUGCAGGCCGGGCAAUGGAUCAAUCUUUGGAUGCCAACCCUCUCUUGGUGGUCAUGGAUGCACACUUAUCCGUUCAUUGUCAUAUCCUUUUCGCCAGGCAAGCAGGGUAUUCUGGAUUUGAUAGUGCAGCCUCGUAGCGCUACCUCCGCCGCGCUUCAUCGAGCGCGCACCGAGAAUAUGAAGGCAGUUUCUGUGCGAGCACUCUUCAGCGGUCCGCAUGGGGUCAGUCAGUCCGUAGCACAUUAUGAAACGGUACUAGCCGUCGCUAGCGGGCAUGGUAUUGCCGCAAUAUUACCGUAUAUGAAGAAGAUCAUACACGGUUACAACACCUCUACGACCCAGGCGCGCAGGCUACAUUUUGUGUGGCAGGUGGAAACGCUCGAUGUCGUACGAGGGGGUCAAGACCUUUUAAAUCAUCUCUUGGAAGACGAUACACUGGACAAUGGUUAUAUUCUUUCCAUUUCAAUCUAUGUGACGAAGGACAAGCUCACCCGUGAUCGACUGCCAUUCGGCAAUCACAAGAGGGCAAUUCUCUACCAGGGGUUUCCCGACCUACGAGAGCUUAUCUCCCAGGAGGCAUCCGGUGAGAUGAUUGAAAGGCUUCCACAUAUCGAGGACGAGGCAGGGAAAAUGCUAGUGCUGGGUGAGGGACUUGAUUACAACCAAGUGGGCAGCAGCUAA